CCUGGUCCGGCUAUUGUUGUGUGCCUUUCAGCGCAACCCCGACCUAUCAGCAGCCGGUGAUUUCUGGAUAUUUUAACUGUUUUGCUCAGCUCUAACCCCGCCAUAUUAAGCGGUCUUUGUCAGCCGGCGGUGUGUCCUCGUUUUAACGGAAUAUAAAGGCUCCCGGCGGAGGACUUUGGGCUGGUGAAGUAGUUAAUCGGUAUGGGACAGACGGAAGACUGAGAUUCAACGUUCAGAGACUGCUUCUGUCGGCUGUUCCUACUUCUUUGGACAGUCGGCGUGAAAUAAAAACGUGGGGGAGAAAAUAAAAAUCACGGGCACGCAUGUAGCCGAAGCACACCGCUGCAAAGGUCGCUUUUAAGGCUCGACGAUGGGAUGUGUCAGGAGUAAAGAGGACAAGGGCCCGGCGCUGAAGUACCGACCCGAUAACUCGAAUGCCACACCGGUGAACGCCCACCUGGGCCACUACGGCCCUGACCCCACCCUGAUGGGUCAUUCGCCAGCUAUGAAGACACACAACAACAGCUACAACAGUCACGCCGCCGCCCUCACGCCCUUCGGUGGGGCGUCUUCAGUCAUGACGCCGUUUGGCGGGGCGUCCACCUCCUUCACCUCAGUGGCUGUGAGCAGUCCCUUCCCCAGUGUCAUCACAGGUGGUGUAACGUUUUUCGUGGCGCUGUACGACUACGAAGCGAGGACGUCAGAUGACCUGUCGUUCAAAAAAGGAGAUCGCUUCCAGAUUAUCAACAACACGGAAGGCGACUGGUGGGAGGCUCGCUCCAUCAACACCGGACAGAAAGGUUACAUCCCCAGUAACUACGUGGCUCCAGCCGACUCCAUUCAGGCUGAAGAAUGGUACUUUGGUAAAAUGGGCCGCAAAGAUGCUGAGCGUCUCUUAUUGCUUCCAGGGAAUCAGCGCGGCACUUUCUUGGCACGAGAGAGCGAGACGACCAAAGGUGCCUACUCUCUGUCUAUCCGGGACUGGGAUGAAAUGAAGGGAGACAAUGUUAAACACUACAAGAUCCGUAAGCUGGACAACGGUGGUUAUUACAUCACCACUCGGGCCCAGUUUGAGACGCUACAGAAGCUGGUGAAACACUACACAGAACAUGCAGACGGUCUGUGCUACAGGCUGACAACCGUGUGCCCCACCGUGAAGCCUCAGACUCAGGGACUAGCUAAAGACGCCUGGGAAAUCCCGCGGGAGUCUCUCCGACUGGAGGUCAAACUGGGCCAGGGCUGCUUCGGAGAAGUCUGGAUGGGCACAUGGAAUGGCACUACUAAGGUGGCUAUUAAGACCCUGAAGCCGGGCACCAUGUCCCCAGAGGCCUUCCUGCAGGAGGCUCAGAUCAUGAAGAAACUCCGACAUGACAAACUGGUGCCUCUCUACGCUGUGGUGUCUGAGGAGCCCAUCUACAUUGUGACAGAAUUUAUGGGCAAAGGUAGUUUACUGGACUUCCUGAAGGAGGGAGAUGGGAAAUAUCUGAAGCUGCCCCAGCUGGUGGACAUGGCUGCACAGAUCGCAGACGGCAUGGCCUUCAUCGAGAGGAUGAACUACAUCCACAGGGACCUGAGAGCUGCCAACAUCCUGGUGGCUGAGAACUUGGUGUGCAAGAUCGCUGACUUUGGCCUGGCUCGGCUCAUCGAGGACAACGAGUACACCGCCAGACAAGGUGCUAAAUUCCCGAUCAAGUGGACGGCCCCUGAAGCAGCUCUGUACGGCCGCUUCACCAUCAAAUCAGACGUCUGGUCGUUUGGGAUACUACUGACUGAGCUGGUGACCAAGGGCAGAGUACCAUACCCAGGUAUGGUGAACCGAGAGGUACUUGAGCAGGUAGAACGAGGUUACCGCAUGCCCUGCCCCCAGGGAUGCCCCGAGUCCCUCCACGAGAUGAUGAGGCAGUGCUGGAAGAAGGAGCCAGAUGAAAGACCGACCUUCGAGUACAUCCAGUCCUUCUUGGAAGACUACUUCACAGCCACAGAGCCACAGUACCAGCCAGGCGACAACCUCUAGUCUGGGGGAUUUGUGGGCGAACUGUGGCGUCACACAGAGGUACAUCAGCGGAAAUCAAAGCUUUGGACAACAGAGAACUUCGACAAAUGAGAAAGCCUUGAUGAGGCUGCAGAGAAAGAGGUUUUAAUGCUACAAACUAGUCCACAGCCACACUGGUAUAUCUGCAAGUGCAAGAAGAAAAUGUUUUGUGAGGUAGAGGUUUGUCCCUUGUGCACCCGGGGACCAAAUGCUUGGGGAGGUGUCCAGAUGUGCAGAUUGGUGCUGGUACAUUGAGCUCUGGGAACCCUGCUGAUCAGAAUAAUCCAUACGGACUUUCCACAACACUGUGAUCAGAAAGAGAGGGAUUUUCUCCUAAUUUCAAAUUAACAGCUACUCGCAGGUGCACAGUUGUUGUUGUUUUUUUUACUUUUUUUAAACGAUAAAUUCCCACUCUCUCCUCCAAUUGUUUUUUUUUUUUUAAUUUCACAUCAAAAUUCUUUGAUAUUGGAGACAAGACCUUUUAUGUACAUGAGUUUGGUUUGAAUAUGUAGGUUGGUACGUAUGGUUUUUUUUUUAAUAAGUGACCAACAACUGUGGUUGAAGUAUGUGCUGUGACUGUAAAGCUUUGACGGACAAGGACACGAUGUAAGUGAAAGGGAUGUAGUUAAUGGAUGCAAGAAUGUACUGAGAGAUCGAAGUGGAUGUACAUACAGUAUGUGCAUACAGAUGUAUUUUUAGCAGGUGUGAUCAGGUGGAUGAAUGCGAACGUGAGAAGUGAUUUGCAUGAUUCUUUUUAACACGGCCACCUGAAUGGCAAAUCACGUCAAUUUAUUACACUUUUUUUAUUAUUAUUUAAACGGGGACUUGAAAUCAUAAAGAGGUAUUUUGAUAAUAUACAAGUGCAAAAAACAUUUUUCCUGUUUAACAUUUUAUAAAUGUUUUGAAAUGGACAUUUCAGCUGUGAAACUUCAGUGAUAUUGAGUUUGUUUUUGUCAGAAAUUAGCAUCUCGUCUUUUGUUCGGUGCACAACUCUGAUUGCUGUAAGGGACUCUAGCGUACUUCUCUGUGUAUUGCACACAUCUGCACAGGCUAACAUUGCAGUAGAUGAGUUAUCUCACAGUAGAUGGUCCAGGAAACUGUUAGAACUAUGUGUCGAAUUCACAUCGUGUAAAUCUUCCUUUGCGGCUGUAGUAUUUCUUUCUCUUUGUCCCAGUCAAAUCCCACCAACCUGUGACUCAACGCGCCUUCAGUGUCUUCAGUUCUGUGUCUGCUGGAGGGAAACUUUUAUCCAAAGCCAACAAGACAAAACAAAUCUCUCAAUUUGUAAAUGACUAUGCAAAGUCAACCAGCGAUGUUUGAUGGAACGAGAGAGUGUCAAAUGAUACCUGCCUGCGCCAAGCUCCUCUUAUGUUUUUGUUGUUUUUGUUCAUUUCGAUUCCCAGUUGUAGAGAUGAUGGAUCACUUCUGGAGUGAAGUAAUGAGAACCAGACAGAACAAACACGCUGUGUUCAGGUCAGGCCUUUAGUGCUUUUCUAGGUGUUGACACUCCAAAAGGCCAAUAAUGAGUUCUUAGAGGUACUUCCACUGUCUGUCCAGCGCCAUGUGACGGGAAGAUUGAAAAGAUGUAAAGGCAUCUUCUUAUUCAGUCAGUAAGCUUGAGGAUUGGACAAAGAUGUGAACAUUUUUUUGUAUUUCUUUGUGUGCAUCACUCACGAGAACCUAAUAUGUGAUUGUUGAUGGGACUUCAUCUAGUGGGAAGAUAAUGAAAUUAAUGAGAAUGGUAACUAAUAUGAUUUUGUACAGAAAAAUAAAAGUUUUACUCAA